AACCCAAAGAAAAUCCGAACAAGUGACAUUUCCAGGAAAGUUUGCAAGUGUACAAAAGGAAAGAGAAAGGGACCAACCAUGCGACCUUGAGUGAAUGUUUAUCUUACCGAUCUCAACAACUGGUCACUAAUUUUUGCAAAACUAUGAAUACGUCUAUGAAAACUGUGGCAUUUCUUGUUCUUGGCUAUCUUAACAUAUUAGCCAUUGAUUUUAGCUUCUGCAAUGGAAGCCAUGUCAACGCACUUUGCUUGGAGAGCGAGAAACGAGCUCUCCUAAUCUUCAAACAACACCUAAAAGACCCUUCGGAGCGACUCUCUUCUUGGGAGGUCAAACAUGACUGCUGCAGGUACUGGGCAGGAGUGGUGUGUGACAACACAACUGGCCAUGUCCUCGAGCUCCACCUUCGGAAUCAAAUCCCGGGUAGUGAUGGGUUUGAGAACGAUAACUCGACUUUGGGAGGUGAAAUAAAUCCUUCCUUGUUGAGUUUGAAGCAACUUCAUUAUCUGGAUCUCAGUCGAAACAACUUCGGAGGAAUGCCAGUUCCAUCCUUUAUCGGAUCUUUGGCAAAUCUUGAAUAUCUUAACCUGUCUAAUGCAAGAUUCGGGGGAACUAUCCCCCGUCAACUUGGAAAUGCGUCGACCUUGCGCUUUCUAUGCCUCGGAGGAAAUUAUGAGUUGGAUGUCAAGGGUGGCGGCCUUCAAUGGCUUCCUCAUCUUUCCCAUUUGGAACACCUUGACUUAAGUCGUGUGGACCUAACCAAGGCGCCCGACUGGCUACAGGUAAUUAACAAGCUCCCUUCUUUAGUAGAGUUACACCUUGUUGAUUGCAGACUUGAUCACAUUCCUCCUCUCCCUAGUGUUAAUUUUACCUCUCUUGUUGUGCUCGAUCUUUCGAGUAACUUCUUUCACUCUGUGAUGCCUAGGUGGAUCUUUAGUCUUAGUAACCUCAUUUCACUUGAUCUAGUUUCGUGUGCUUUCGUGGGUCGAAUACCUGAAGGUUCGUGGAACCUAACUUCUCUCGUGAGCCUUGAUGUUUCUCACAACAAGUUUAAAUCUUUACCUGCUUCUUUGUUUAGGAUGAGCAGUCUCGUUCGUCUUAACCUGAACAAUGCUUUUGAAGGUCCCUUUCCAGUUGUUCUAAAUCCAAACAUGACCAGCCUCAGAUAUCUUGAUCUAUCUCACAAUGUCCUCAAAUGUAGAGUGCCGAGUUGGCUGUAUAGUUUUAGUCAUCUUGAGUACCUUGACAUGUCCGCCAAUGAUUUAAAAGGUGGAAUAUCACAUGAGAUUGGAAACCUCACUUCUAUUGUUACCCUCUUCCUGUCCAAUAAUGAACUUGAAGGCGAGCUACCGAAUACCAUUGGAAACCUAGCCUCUGUUGUCACUCUGGACCUAUCAUUUAACAAACUUGGGGGAAGGCUACCUAACUCAAUAGGAAAUCUUUGCAAUUUGAGCUUUAUUGAUAUAUCAAACAACAAAAUUGGGGGAGAAUUGUUUAAAAGUUCAUCAAAAUGCUCCUCAUAUGCCUUGGAGACAUUGUUCUUGCAGGAGAAUCAACUUUCUGGUAAAAUACCUGAUGAAUUUGGGCAAUUUGAAAAUGUACGAGAGCUUAAUCUAGAGAAUAAUCUUGUUGGUGGUCCUAUUCCAGGGACUAUAGGAAGAUUGAAACACUUGGAAACACUAAUUCUUGAUGGAAAUCAAUUAAAUGGAACUCUUCCCGAAAGUCUUGGACAUCUUUCAAAGUUGGGUGUGCUUAACAUGCGUAAUAAUUUCUUGGAAGGCAUGGUGUCUGAAGUUCAUUUCACCAAUCUUGUAAAUCUCAAGAUUUUCCGUGCCCCUGGAAACCGGUUGACUCUAAAAGUGAGUCCCGAUUGGAUCCCUCCAUUUCAACUUGAAUACCUAGAACUUGCAUCAUGGCAUUUGGGCCCGAAGUUUCCCGCAUGGCUUAAAUCACAAAAGAGUCUUGAUUCCCUUGACAUAUCCAAUACUGGAAUAUCAGACAGAAUUCCAAGUUGGUUAUGGAACAUGUCUUCUCUACUUUAUUUUCUAAAUGUCUCUCACAACCAAAUCUAUGGCGAGAUUGCAUAUAUUGGUAUGCCAAGUGGUAGAGCCCAGAUUUACUUGAAUUCCAACCAUUUGAAUGGUUCGUUACCCCAUAUCUCCUCCAUAUCCUCCAUUGUUGAGCUGGAUCUUUCGAACAAUUCAUUUUCUGGGGGUAUCUCGGACUUCCUAUGUGUGAACGUCACAACAUUUUCCACGGUUCUUCAUCUGGGUGAAAACCUACUCUCGGGUGAAAUUCCUGACUGUUGGAUGAGUUGGCCAUCACUACGCGUCCUAGAGCUGGGAAACAACAACUUCACAGGAAAUAUCCCAAGCUCCAUGGGGCAAUUGGUUUCAUUGGCAUCGUUGCACUUGCGUAAUAACCAUCUCUCGGGAGAAAUUACAUGGUCUUUGCAGAACUGCACGGAUUUAGUGGUGCUUGACCUCAGUGAGAAUGAUUUCACUGGAAGCAUACCAACAUGGAUGGGGGAAAGCCUUUCAAGUUUGAGGAUUCUCACCCUUCGCUCGAAUAAGAUGAAGGGCGUGAUACCUCCAGAGCUUUGUUGUCUCGCCUCUCUUCAAGUCUUGGAUCUUGCGCAAAACAUUUUCUCCGGAGCAAUACCACAGUGCAUCAAUAAUUUCACUGCCAUGGCAGUGAAACUGAACUCCAGCGGUCCUAUCUAUUAUACUUACAGCCGUGGCUUCAGUAUUGAUGGUUACAUGGAGAGUGAACUUUUGAUGAUGAAAGGAAACAUGUACCGAUAUGAUAAGAUUCUGGCACUUGUAGCAAUCAUGGACCUUUCGGACAACAAUUUUACUGGAAGGAUUCCCAAGGAACUAACAAGUCUUGUGGGAUUGAUUUCGCUGAAUAUGUCCAGAAAUCAUUUGAGUGGUGUGAUUCCAAAGAAGAUUGGUAGCAUGGGGUUGCUUGGAGCUCUUGAUUUAUCCAGAAACCAACUCUAUGGUGAAAUUCCUGCAAGCAUAUCAAGCCUGACUUUUUUAAGUUACUUGGAUCUGUCUUUUAAUAACUUGUCAGGUCGAAUUCCAUCAAGCACCCAACUUCAGAGUUUCAGUGCUUCCAGCUUUGUCGGCAACAAGCUUUGUGGGCUUCCACUCACAAAGAAUUGUAGCGUCGAUCGUGGCAAACCUACACCGGGUGCAGAAAACGAAGGAGAUGAUACAGGUGAUGGAUCUGGAGUGGAUUGGUUCUACGUGUUGAUGGCUAUUGGAUUUGCUGCAGGUUUUUGGGGUGUUUGUGGUCCCAUAUUCUUCAUCAAGUCAUGGAGACAUGCAUAUUUUCGAUUCCUGGAUAAUGUUUGGACCAGACUUUGUAUGAUCAGAUAUGGUAAAUGUUGUUAGACUGCAACAGUGGUAUGGAUACCACCUUGUAUUUGUAUCUUGCAAUAAGAUUAUGAAGAUAUGUAUCUUCAUUUCAUGGAAUUACUGCAUCCAAUUAUGAAUAAAACUAUCUUCAUUUC